UAUAAAUUGGAAGCGUGGCGGGUGUUACGAGUCAAUAGGCGUUGUGGCUGUUCCACAAUUCUCGCUCCCGUCUGAGCUUUGUUUGAGCGAAUUCGUCGCCUCUUCAGCUUCAAGCAUUUUAGAUUGAAAUCUUUCUGCAUCUGAGCACUCGUUUGGAGCUUCAGUUGUGUCACUACUGCAUUUGGAGGGCUUGGAGAGACAGUGAAGAAGCUGUUAUCGAUACCGGAAUCAGAUUAUUGAAUUUUAGGUGGAGGCAUCAUGGUUGGAAGUGUUGAAGUAUUUACCACUCAGGUGAAUGGCAAGAUGGAACUGCUACCGGAAGAUUUUGAUCCCACAGCUAUCAUUUCUGAACCUUUGCCACCUAUUGUUGAGAAUGGAGCUGUCUUCAUUGCCCAGGGGGUGGAGAAGCAGAGUAGAGAGAUUGUGUUGGGACGAAAUGUGCAUACAACGUGUCUUGAGGUCACGGAACCUGAUGCGGACGACGAGGUCACGGGAGAAAAGGAGGCUUAUAUGGCUAGUGUAUUGGCAAGGUACCGGAAGUCUCUAAUUGAAAGAACCAAGCAUCACUUAGGUUAUCCUUAUAAUCUUGACUUUGAUUAUGGAGCUUUGGGACAGCUGCAACAUUUCUCUAUCAAUAACCUAGGUGAUCCCUUCAUUGAGAGCAACUAUGGGGUCCAUUCCAGACAAUUUGAGGUUGGUGUUUUAGAUUGGUUUGCCCGUCUCUGGGAACUCGAGAAGAACGAAUACUGGGGAUACAUUACUAAUUGUGGUACAGAAGGGAAUCUUCAUGGAAUCUUGGUUGGGAGGGAAGUCUUUCCAGAUGGAAUUCUUUAUGCAUCACGAGAAUCACAUUAUUCAGUUUUCAAAGCAGCAAGGAUGUACAGAAUGGAAUGUAUAAAGGUUGACACACUUGUCUCUGGUGAGAUUGAUUGUACACAUUUCAAAGAGAAACUCCUCCUUAACAAGGAUAAACCUGCCAUCCUCAAUGUAAACAUAGGAACAACAGUUAAAGGAGCUGUUGAUGAUCUAGAUCUUGUUAUAAAAACACUUGAAGAAACUGGAUUCACACAUGAUCGGUUUUACAUUCACUGCGAUGGGGCUUUGUUUGGACUUAUGAUGCCCUUUGUCAAACGUGCACCAAAAGUCUCAUUUAAAAAACCCAUUGGAAGCGUUAGUGUUUCUGGCCACAAAUUUGUGGGUUGCCCAAUGCCUUGUGGUGUUCAGAUAACAAGAUUGGAUCACAUUAAUGCAUUAUCAAGAAAUGUCGAGUACCUCGCAUCCCGGGACGCCACCAUCAUGGGUAGUCGUAAUGGGCAUGCUCCAAUCUUCCUCUGGUACACUCUGAACCGGAAAGGCUACAGAGGCUUCCAGAAAGAAGUCCAGAAGUGCCUCCGGAAUGCUCACUAUUUGAAGGACCGCCUCCGAGAUGCAGGCAUUGGUGCCAUGCUUAAUGAGCUCAGCAGCACCGUUGUCUUUGAGCGUCCAAAAGAUGAGGAGUUUGUCCGCCGCUGGCAGCUAGCAUGCCAGGGAAACAUUUCUCAUAUUGUGGUGAUGCCCAAUAUCACCAUUGAGAAGCUUGAUGAUUUCUUGAAUGAACUGGUUCAGAAGCGCUCAAGCUGGUAUCAGGAAGGAACGUUGCAACCUCCUUGUAUUGCUGGGGAUGUAGGAGAGGACAGUUGUGUUUGUGCUCUUCACCAGUGAUGCAUUAGUGCCAUUUAAAAGAGUUUCUGUAUUUUGUUAUUUGUAGUCUGUAGUAAAUGACUCGGUAUUUCUUAGCAA